AUGAUCAAGCUGUCCCCCGUUGCAACUAGACAGUUUAUGGGACCCGCCCCACACGAUAACAACAGCGUUGCUUCUUCCUUGCUUGUCGAUCACAAGGCUGUCUUCCACAUGCUCCACAGAACAGAGCGGGAGUUUUUUGCCUCUAGUGAAUGCCAUGUCGUUGGGCAGCAGCAGCUUUACACGGCUGUUGGCUCAUUGGCUUGCACAGGGGCCUCCGCCGAUUCGGCGGUGGAAUCCUCACGAUCUUAUUUGCUGACUUCUUCGUGCGAGUUGAUGUCAUCAGGAGCAGCAGCGCGCCUCAUGCCCCUCUUCGGCCGCUGUGUCGUCCAGAAGGUGCAGCCGGCGGCAGUGAGCAAAGGGGGAAUAUAUAUUCCUUCAAGCGCUUCUCAACAGACGGGCUGCCAGAUGGCCAAAGUCGUAGCCGUCGCCCCGCCGAAGCCCUCGGGGAACGUUGCCGUGAGCGAGGAUUGGUCCAAGCUGCAGGUGGGGCAGACGGUGAUGGUGCCGGAGUUCGGCGGAAUGAAGGUGCAUCUGGAUGACGAAGAGCUGUUCGUGUUCAGAGGAGAAGACAUCCUUGCAGUCGUAAAAGAACAGUAG